AUGACCUUGCUUUCCUUCUCCCUCCUCCCAGAUGCAUUAGGGCGAAUGCACGAUGCCCUGCUAUGUCUCGCCAAAUUCAGCGAGACGGUAGCUAUCGAAGCCGAAUCCGAUCUUCUUCGAUUGAGCGUCCUCAACUCCACCAAGACUGGAUAUGCCGCAUUUGUUUUCGAGAAGGAUGGUUUCUUGGCGAGCUACUCGUUUGCCAGAGAAAGCAUUGCCAGAGAUGCCCGCUCGGAAAGAUUCUGCUGUCAGAUUUAUAUCAAAACAUUACUAUCCAUCUUCAAAGGAAGGACAACUGGACGAGAUAAGGACACUGCAGUCGAAAGAUGCGAGUUUGACCUUCACGAGGACCUGGACGAGACAGAGUGCAGGCUUGUCAUCAAGAUGAUCUGUGGACUUGGUGUUAUAAGAACCUACAAGCUCACCUAUGAACCCGUUGAGAUCCAACACGCGAUCUUUGAUAGGUCAAGCGUGACGAAUCAGUGGAGCAUUGACCCCAGGUAUCUCAAAGAGAUAACAGAUCACUUUAGUGUCUCUGCAGAGCAGCUGGAUAUCUACUCGGACGGAGGCAAGGUCAUCUUCACUAGCUUCACAACGAAGAUCACCGAGGGAAACGGUCUGUAUCUGCUCUCGAUGGAAAGAUGCAGUAAUGCAGUACUAACGACUCCCUUAGAAAUCCUCAAACAACCUGUACACACAUCGGUGGCUAUUGAUAAACGAGACUUUGAAGACUAUUCAGCCCUAGAUGAACUACACAUUGCUAUCACCCUGAAAGACUUCAAAACGAUCAUAGCGCAUGCAGAAACCACAGACGUACUUAUUACUGCCCGAUAUACCCGCCCGUGUCGACCGCUACAGCUGGCAUAUCGUUUCCCCGGCGUCAGAUCCGAAUUCACCUUGAUGACGACGGGCGAAGUCGAUAGCGAAGAUUUUCCAACUUCAUCGCGCGCACCAGCUCCUGAACUAUCCGCAAGACAGACACCGGCUCCAGUGCACAACACCCAGCGGAGUGGUGCUUCGAACGCCGAAAGGAUGCCGCCUCCACGUAGUCGAUCUAUCCGGCCGCUUACUGGGAACCCAACUCGCGUUACAGAGACGAACAUCGAAAGUCAGCGGCAAGCGCCUUCAACCCAGUUCGACAGCCUGUUCGUCCCAGCGGAUGAUGACAGACAAUGGGAUGUGCCCAACGAGGACAGUGAGACCAUGGCAGAGGAUACACUUGGUUGGGAUGCAACAACGGACCAUGAAACAUUCAAUGCAAGCCUCGGGCCCCGGUUAAGAGAUAUUGAACCCAACAUCCCGGUCUAUCCAAGCGAACAAGAAGAGCUUCAGGAUGAGAUGGGGAUACCUCCAACGCAGCGCAUCUCGCAGGUUCGUAAAAUCCCGUCGUGGGAAGUACAAGCUAAUACUCGGCAGCUUCACGGUCUCGGUCUCUUUGAUUAG